AUGUCUAAGGCCUUCUCUUGGUUCAUCACUGUUGAACCACCAAAAGCUACUCCUCUUGAGACUGUCAUUCUCGAACCCACCUGGGACUUUACCAGCGAAAAGGACUCAACAAGUAGCAUUGAUUCAGAGGAAGAGACGUAUUCGUUGGCACCUCAAAAGUCUUCAAAGCCUGUGGAAGUUCCAAAGAAUACUACGCUCAAGAAGGCCACCGCCAAAGACUACUACUUUCGUAUGGCUGUCUAUCAAGCCAUGACGAAGGCCCAAAAGGCCCAAAAGGCCAAAACCAAUGAAACAUUGGUCGCCGAAAAGGACGCUAAUAAAGAGGAAAGCGUACCCAUAAAAGAGAACUUUCCUGGGUUAUGCGAGAGCCCAGAUAACGAGUCAGACGACGACAACUGCUUGACCAGAGUAUCUUCUCAUAGGCCCGAGCCUAGACCACAAAACGAACAGUCCCAUUUCUCUCAUAGCCUCUCGCUGGACGAUAAUGAGCUAUUUGGAGAUGAUUUCUUUGGGACUAAAGAGGGAUACAAGCCAUGUCUUGAGCCAAUUUUGGAAGUCAGUGAAGAAGAUAGCGACAGUAGCAGCAGCUCUGAAGAGGAAGAGGAAGAGGAAAAGAAGGAAGAAGAGAAGAAAAAGAAGGAAGAGGAAGUUGAAGUAGUUCCUGAAUUUAUUAAAGUGAUUAAGGACUUUCAGAGGGAAAACAGCUUGUCAAUGUUUUACGACUUGAACAGGUUGAAUCUUCUUGCAAUCAACCUCAAGUCGCCCCAAACCUUUAGAAGGCUGCCGCCUGUGGCACGCUUCAAUGAGGAAAAGAACCAAAAGGAUGCAGAAGAGGUCGUCUACGUUCAUUCUGUUGAUUUCGACAAGGAAGAGGCUCCCAAGAGCGUGGGUGCUUGUCCUGGAAACAGUUCCUUCAUCUCUCUUCCAUGUUUGAGACGUAAGAAGGCAAAGAAGCAGAAAAAGAGGAAGCCUAUUUCUAACUCAUCUAUCAUUGCUCCACUUUCAAUGGCAGAGCUUGAGGAUGAUAUCUCAGACCUCCUUGAGAACGUUGACUUCGAGAUGAAGUACAUGGACGAGGAGGACUACGAUAUCGAGAUCAACACCAUGAUCAACCGUCUCUGUGACGUUUACCAGAAUGCUGGUCCUACAGUCAACGAACCAGUUGCAAGGGAAUUUUUCAAUAUCAAUGCCCAGUUCCACGAGUUGAGGGUGGAAAUCGAAACUGCUACAAGACUCACCAAUGCGCUUAUCAAUAUCCUCGAGUGCCAUGUUGACGACGACACUCCAUACAUGUUGGACGCCGAGCAGUUGAAGAACCUUGUCAAGAAACGUCUUGAACUUCAAAACAGAGUUAAGCAGUUGAAGAAAGGAACUGCAGUUGAAGAGUUUGUUGAUAGACACAGCUACUCGUUGGUGAUCCAACAACAGCUCGGAGCUAUUUUCAGAGCUUUCUACCGAGCACACAAGAAACCUCUCGAACUUAAAGAUGAAGAAGAUGCCAAGUUUCUUCUUCGUAAGAACGACUACGACGAAACUUGUACGUUGCAGAACAUGAUGAAUGAAGAGGAUAUCUUGUGCUCCUUCCAAGAGUACGUAGAGGAGUUGGAAAGGACCACGGUAUAUUUUGGGGAGCUUCUUCUUUUGUUCAUGAAGGGGUACGAGGAAGCUGCACGGAUUCAGCUCGAUAAAUAG